AUGAAUCAAUUCAGGUCUAGGGAAAGACUUAUUUGGGGCUUAAUAGGCGAAGAAGCCCUUAAAAGUUCUAAAGUAUUAAUUUUAGGAUCUUCAAUACUGACUUCGGAGUUGGCAAUCUCGUUAGCAUCCUCAGGAGUUGGAGAAAUUGUAUUGGUUGACAGUCAAAUUGCCACUGAGGAAGACUACGGUGUAUGCAUUAGUCUUGAUGGGGAAAAAACAGAUAUUGUGAACAAUCCAAAAAUUUAUUUACUAAAAGAUUAUUUGUUAAGUUUGCAGGUUUGUGUCAAAGUUGAAUGUAUAUUAGAAUCUCCAGAAAGUUACUUAGAGACUCUUAAAAAAGAGUGCUCAAACUCUCCUGCCACAGAGUAUAGUAUAGUUGUUUGCUGUAAUCUUUCUGGAGUUAUUGUUGAAAAAGUAUAUAAUUUGGCAAAAAGUUGUCAAGGAAUCUCAAGUCCAUUUGUAAUUAGUCUUAAAUCAAGGGGGUAUCUGGGCCAGUAUCAGGUAUUUAGUGCUGAUAGAAGAUACAUAACUUUUGAUCUCUCUCCUGAAAACAAGAACUUGGCAAAGCUUCACGGACUUCAGCUUUGUAAACCUUUUGAAUUGUUGAAAAAACUUUCUUCUGAAAUUGACUUAAAUGAAUUAGAAAAUGAUUCUGGCUUCCUUAAGGAUUAUUUGUCUAAGAUACCAUUUCCCUUAUUAUUGGUUCACAUCGGUUUGAAUAUUGGUUUGUUUGAAAGAACGGAGUUAGAGGUAGAUAAAGAAGAUCUCAAGAAGAAAUAUCAAGAAAGCUUGGAAAAGAUUUUAAAGAAUCAUGAUUUUCCAAAUUAUGUUGAGGCAAAAAGAAAUCAGUAUUUGGUAUUUUCAUACCCUGAAGAUGUACUUGAAAAUCAAAUAUUUGAAAUAUUUGAAUCUCAGAAGUCGUCUUUUGAUAUCAAUACCCAAUUUUCUUUAAACAAAAGACCUUUCUCAUUAAUUAAUGUAAAGUACCAAAUAGUCUUAGGUUGGAUUUACAAGUUUCUAAAUGAUGUCGGAAGGCUUCCAGUCAACAAAGAUCUCCCAGAAAUGUAUUGUGAAACUAUUGCUUAUCUUCAGCUACAAAAGAUAUAUGAUGAACAACAUAAUUUAGAUGUUUCUCAAAUUUUAAAAAAUAAUUCAGAAAACACAAAAAUGAUAGAUUCUGGUUACGAUUUCAAUAUUUCAGAGGAAUUUGUUCAAUUUGUAUGUAAACAUUUAUACUGUUUAAAAUGUAUAGAGUUCAGAGAUUCAUUCUUUAGGUGGGGUAAAAUACAAAACCAAAUUAAUGAUGUGAAUCUAGUUUUAAAAAAAAGGCUUUUGGAGGCUUUUUUAGAAGACCAAUUUCAGGAUUUACAGUUAAUGGAGUUUCUAUUCUUGAAUUUUCUGGACUAUAUUCAGGUUGAUAAACAAAUAAAUAAAGCUCCUGAAGCGAUAAAAGCAGAAUUUCAGAAUUAUCUAAAAUCAUUAGGAUUAGACUAUAUAGAAAUCCCCCCUGAUUUAAUUCAGAGCUUUGAAACAAAAGAAGAGUUUGUGACAUCAUCAUAUAUUUCAGGUGUAUGCUCCCAAGAAAUAAUAAAGUUAGUGUUGGGAAGGUUUGUCCCCUUGAAUAAUUUACUAACCUGGAAGUAA